UGGGGAAACGACAUCUAAUAUGGCGACAAAAAUGAAGAGCAUCUGCCAUUUUGCGAAGGCGAUUUAAAAAAACGUAAAUAACGCAAUAAGCUGGCGCGUCCGCGUACGACGGUAUCGCGAGUUGGUGUAACGACAAGGACUACCAUCACGACGCCCGCAUAAACAAAUGAAUAAAUGGACGCUACGUCCAUUAUAACACAAGUGUCACGCGACGACGAGCACUUGAAUAGUUAUCCACCCGAAAAAGGUACACUUCCAAGGACUGAAAAUGACAUAUCAGAGGCGCACGACGCAAUUCAGCCACCCCAGCAACCGAAGAAGAAAAAUGGCUUCUUUAAGUCGUUUCUCUGUUGUCUGGGUUGCCACAAGCGCAAGCCGCAGAACCCGCAGCAGUACAGUUCCCGCGAGGUGGUGUACGAGACCGAACCUAGAACUUCAGCCUAUUUACUGCCACCAGUCAAACACAAAGAUAUGCGCAAAAAAUGCAUGGUCAUUGACUUAGAUGAAACUUUAGUACACAGCAGCUUUAAGCCAAUUAAAAAUGCUGACUUCAUAGUGCCAGUAGAAAUUGAUGGAACGGUGCACCAGGUAUACGUGCUGAAGCGGCCACACGUAGACGAGUUCCUAAAGCGCAUGGGCGAACUCUAUGAGUGUGUGCUGUUCACUGCGUCGCUGCCAAAGUACGCUGAUCCGGUCGCGGAUCUUCUCGACAAAUGGGACGUAUUUCGCGCGCGACUAUUUCGCGAAAGCUGUGUCUUCCAUAGGGGCAAUUACGUCAAGGAUCUUAACAAACUCGGCAGGGAGUUGCAGCAGAUCAUCAUCAUCGACAAUUCGCCCGCUUCGUACAUAUUCCAUCCAGACAAUGCGGUACCAGUUGCAUCUUGGUUUGAUGACAUGAGUGACACGGAACUGCUUGACUUAAUACCAUUCUUCGAGAAAUUGUGCAAAAUGGACAAUGUGUAUACAGUGCUGUGCAACUCGAACCACCCGUACAACAGCACCGUGCCGCAACUGAGCGGACCCUCGACGCCGUCGUCACCGGGGUCACCAACGAGCACGUAGCGCGCGGCUUCGUGGCGCAGAAAGGCGACCCGCUUCUUCUUCUUUGUGCUGCGCGUGUUCUACGCGGCGGGCGAGCUAGACACGAUCAUCAGGCAUUGGUAACGUGCUCGAAAUGCGCCUUUUCCGAUCAUUUACCUACUCCCCGCACACACAUAUACCCUUAUACCCACAACAUAAACAUAAGACUAACGCAAAACAAAAGCGCUGUACAGAUAACGCUAUCAUUCGGAUCGCAAAUUUAUACGAAUUCGAUGUAAGGAGAAGAAGUGUAUUUAAGACAAGAGUGUACAUAACUUUAUGAAGGCGACAUCACAGGUAAAUAAUGUUGUUCGAUUGAUUAAUUGAUUUAUGAUUAAUUAAUUUUAUAUCGAUAGCGGAUUUUUAUAUAAAUUGACACGAGCAAUAACAAUCGUUUAGGGAUUCACAUUAUAUUUUAAUCGAACGUAGGCGGGCGCGAUGAUUUGAAGAUUUUAUUAUUUUUAAAAUAAGAAUUAUAGUCAUUACUCAUAUUAGUAAUUAAAUUCUUUCUUUGGGUUCUUGCAAAGAAUUAAAUCAUUUUGCGGUUGCGUAUUGUAAGAUUCAAAUGUACAUACAAUUAAUAUAAUGCAGAUAAAAUACCUAUGUCACUAUAUUAUACAUAUACAUAAAAUGCAAACAUUACUAAUUAUGGUGGUUAGUGAGAUUUUGAAGUAUUUUUACACUGUCGAAAACAAAUCUAUAUUAAAUGAGGUAUAUAUUGACAGAAUUUACGUACGAUGCGGACGAACCGGUUGGAAUGUGGAAAUAUUUUUAAUGACGACAAACAUUGAUUGAAUAACACACAUACACUAACAGAACAAAUGACAAUUGAAAGAGUUGCACACAUUGUCGAAGCGAACUCAGUUACCACUUAAGCAGGCCCAUUUGCCAUGCAUUUAUUUUAAAUGUGUUUACAGUUUUGAAACGUGUUUAAAAUUUCUAUUGGAAUUUGAACUAUUUUGCACACAUACACAAACACAUACUCACUGUAUCGGCAUAAAUUUGUCAAAUUAAGUUAGUUGACUCGAACCGCUGUAUGCGAGUGAAAAGAACAAUCAUAUCUGUGUAGGCAAAAAAUUGUAGGCGAAUAUUUUAGCUAUAAUGAGAUAUACUAGGGGAUGAAGCGACCACUCAAACAAGUAAAGAAUUAACAUGCAUAAUUAUACCAAGUCAGUCUGUUUUGGAACCAAAUUGGUAACAUAUUAUUUGUUCCGAUAUCUAAACAGUGGCCUUAACGCAAUUCAUUGCUAUUUCUAACUAUUUACACGAUGAAUUGCAAUUCGCUAACGAAUAACGUUCAUGUAAACUAAACAUGCGACUAAUUAAAUUACAUAAAUAAAUACAUGAUAUUAAAUAAUGAAGGAUAGGAUAGAAAAUCAAUUGAGUGAUUUGAAUGGGAAAUUGAUAAUGUUGGGACAUUUUGAAUGAAAUACGUAGACGAUUUUUAACAUUUUUCGAACCCUUUUUUAGUGGAAUAGACAAUUAAAAAGGAUGUACAACAUGAUACAUACACGCAUCACAUUUUACAACGUCAUGAUCAGUUGCUGCUGUCCCGAGAGGUUGCACUUUUUAAGUAUUUAAUAAUUAGCAUUUCUGCAAUUUCGAAAGAGUGAAAAUUUCGAGCGAAAACAACUACAGUAUUUUUGGGUGUGCAAGCCGCCACUUUGCAAGUACCACAAAAUAUAAGUGUCGGCUUGCACAUUGAGUAACCAUAUUUAAUUUUCAUGCUUUUGAAUGCUUGUUGUAACUAACAGUCAUUUUUGAAAAGGCUUAUACAUUCAUAUAUAAAAGUUAACACAAAAAUACGGUAUUUAAAUUUAAUUUGCCGAUUAAAAUAGUGUAAGUUACAUAAUUAAUAUUGUUAUGUUAUUCAGUAAUAUGCGUUUAGUUGUCUUCAUUUUUUUUAUGUUGCGUAUAUAGUACAAAAUACACGGACUUCGAGUGACGCGACGCGACCGAUUUCAUUAUCACCACGAUGUACUGUUUUUGUUCGAGGAUUGCGGAAGCUGUAUAUACAUAUUUUAUAUUAUAUCUGCGAAGCACACCACCGCGGAACGCAAUUCAAUCAAUUUUUGUACAAAAACCAGCAUGAAACGAAGCAAGAAAUGAAUCUAUGCUCAAAAAUAAAAAGUAUUAACUCGAUGCGUUAACCGAUGACGUACAAGAUAAAAGAUGCAAAUUAUAAUACUACAUUUAAAUAACAAGCAUUAUAAACAUUUUUUAAAUAUGAAAAGAAAACAAAAGCUGAUAAUACGUUUGUAUUUAUAAACAUAAAGAUGUAUUUUAUGUACGAUAGUGCCACGAACUUGUAGAUUGAUUGUUGUUUCGUUUGAGUCUAUCAUGUUUUAGAGAACAAUUAUGUUUGUCGCUUUUUUACCAUCCACCAAAUCGUUUUAAAAAUUUAUUUUAUAAUUUUGUUACACGAAUUUAUAUUAUUUACUACUCCACGUUUUAUUUUAUUUUUGAAAAUUUCUUCUCACCUUUGCAUUUUACAUGUUUGACAUGCACACUUGUUUUGUAACGGACAUUUGCGGAAGUCUUCUUAUUGUAAUAAAUUUCUACUCGUAAGCGAAUAUUGUAAGGACAGAAUCAACAAAAACUAACAAAUUAUAUAUAACACUUAGUUUUAUUUUUAACUUAAAUGUACAUGUAUUGGAUUAUUUUAUUAAUGAUCUAUUAAUAACUAUUAUUUAAAUAGAUUCUAUAUUUAUACACAUUAAAUUAUCCAUAUUAUAUUAUAAAUUAUAUUUGUUGUAGUGUAAUGCAGUUAUUGUUUAUGUUCAGUCCUUUAAGAACAGACAGAAUCAUCCAAAUUUCAAAAUGCAAGUAACACCGGAAACAUUAACGUACAUCGGGAGUGCAUGCAUAUUUCAACUAACUCAAAAGAUUUAUCUUCUUGGUAGAAUACGUAAUACAUAGUAUAAUAGUUAUUUAAAAUUGUACGUGAAUUGAAUUACAGUUGUUUUGAGUAUACAUGCCUUGAGGGCAUCGUCAGCGCAAUUCACGUACAAUUUUAAAUAAAUAUAACUCAAAAGAGAAAUAAGAAUGUGUUCAUUGUCAUGUCAAAUACAAAUAAUGCCUUGAUUUUGUAAAUAUUAGCCUGUCAUUUUUACCCUAUGUACAGUUCUUUGAUGAUGGAAAUAUAAUGAGACACAACUUUGGAUAUA